UGCAGAAAUGGCAAUCGCAAUGACGGAACCGAGGAAGACAAAAGUUCUGCUGUAUGGACUUGGCGCUAUAGGAGGUUUCUACGCAUUCAUUCUGAGUCGGGAUUCGAGUGUGGAGUUGAGUGUGGUUGCGAGGUCAAAUCUUGAAGUCGUGAAGAAGAAUGGCAUGACAAUACACACACUAAACCACGGCUCGCAUACCGUACAUUUUGACAGAGUCCUAAGUUGCCCACACAAAAUCGCAAUAACCUACGACUACAUCAUCUGCGCCCACAAAGCAAUCUUACCAGGCUUAGACCCCAAUGACUUUAGAUCAGUAGCGAACAUGGACACCACAUUUGUGAUUUUGCAGAAUGGGGUGGGAAAUGAAGAGCCGUUUCGGAAUGCUUUUCCUUAUUGCAGCAUUGUGAGCUGUGUGAUAUGGGUGGGCGCGACACAAGAUUCGCCGGGAGUGAUACGACAUACAGCAUCUGAGCAUACAGAUAUCGGACUGUAUCCAAAUCCGAGAAUCGACGCUGAGGUAGAGGAAGCAAGAUUAGAGGGCUUUGCGGCUAUGUUGAGAGCUGGUGGGACGCCGUAUACGAUCUCCACUGAUAUACAAGUGAAGAGGUGGGAGAAGGUCGUUUGGAAUGUGGCUUGGAAUCCUUUGACGACACUGACAAUGCAGGAUACACAACAAUGGCUUUCUUCGUCAAAGGAAAGCGUCUCCGUCACAAAACGCUUGAUGCGGGAAGUGAUAGGCGUGGCACGUAGAUCUGGAGUUGCGCUCGAGUACGGACUUGUUGAUAUCCUGAUGGAAAGGAUACAGGGAAUGCCAGGAAUAGAAAGUAGCAUGCAAGUUGAUGCAAGAGAAGGCAGGCGGUUGGAGGUCGAUGUAAUUCUGGGGACGCCGAUGAGGAAAGCGAGAGAAUACGGGAUGGAUGUACCGACGCUAGCGACGGUGUAUGCAUUGACCGUUGCUGUUGAUAUGAGAAUCAAGCAGGCAUUGGGCGGACUGGGUUGAGAUUUAUAGGGCGAGGGUGUCGGCUUCCAAGACUUGCGUGCCAAGCACCUGAUACAGGACCAUUCCGAUAACCAUUUCAACAUAGAAUCCGACUCCCAAACAUCAGC